AUGCCAAAUCUGAAAGAACAGGUCCCUGAAAAGCCAUAUCAGCCUCCAAUGCCAUACCCAACCCGAGCUAAGAAGGAGAAGCAGGAAGAGGAGUACCAGAAGUUCUUAGAUCACAUAAAGACUCUUCAAAUCAACAUACCCUUCUUUGAAGUUGUCGUCCAAAUGUCCAAAUAUGCCGAGUUCCUCAAGGAACUUCUUACUAAUAGAAGGAAGAUGGAAGAAGUGAAGAAGGUGGUUCUUAAUGAAAACUGUUCAGCUGCUAUUCUAAAUAAGCUACCAAAGAAGAAAGUUGACCCGGGGACCUUAACACUACCUUGCCAAUUUGGCAACUUAGCUAUAAUUCAUGCCUUAGCUGAUUCGGGAUCAAGUGUCAACUUAAUGCCAUAUUCAUUCUUCAAGAAGUUGGAUCUCCCGGAACCAAGGCCAAUUCGCAUGGCAAUCCAUUUAGCAAACAAGAUAGUCACUUUCCCAAGGGGUAUAUGCGAAGAUUUGCUGGUCAAGGUGGACAAAUUCAUCUUUCCCACUGACUUUAUUAUUCUAGACAUGGAGACGGAUCCUCAAGUCCCGAUCAUCCUCGGAAGACCCUUCCUCAACACUGCGAGUGCUAUAGUAGAUAUUCAGGAUUCAAAGCUUACCUUGUGGGUAGGUGAUGAUUCUGUAACCUUUGGGGUUGAUCAAGCUAUGAAGUAUUCAAGGAACAGUGAUGACACGACUUUCUCAAUCGACAUGCUAGACGAACUAUUGGAGGAGUGUGUAGAGGAAGAUUCCAACGAGUCCACAAAUGUUGAUGAAGAAUUUGAUGCAGAAAAAGACUUAAUGGAGAUCGAAAGGCUGCUGGAAGAAGCUGAAUAUGAAGAAAUAAUGAAGAAAUCUGAGAGCCCUACUCGUUGA